CCCGUGCGAGGAGUUCGAGAUCCGUGGCCGCAUAUCGUAGUGGACCGCCUUAAAAGAAUCCUUUGAUUUCAGCAGGAAAGUGUCUCGAGUGAGUGAAAUGCCAAGCUGAGAAGUGGAGAAACCAAGUGCAAGACCAAAAGUUUACAACCAAAUGAUAAUACAAAUAUAAUACAAAGCUAAGAAAGUGUUCAGCAACAAACAUUCCUCGCCCCGGUCACUGAAUCAGGAUAUAUACACAUACAUAAAGCAGGCCUAAAAGGAUACGCAUACGGAUAAGGAUAGGGAUAAGGAGCCACAGAUGCAGCCCUAACGCAGAGCAAGGAUCCCGUCUUAGUCGCCAAGCUGAAGCAAUUAACUGAAAAUGUAGCAGGGAAAGAACAUGGCCCAACUGGAACAGCAAAUGCCAUGCGAUGCAACUAGCAUAAACAAACUCAGACGACUCCGUGAUUAGGACGUGUUGUACCCUAACGCUCUAAAUGCAGACGAUAUGGGCACAACAUGGCCUCAGCACAGAUACGACAUUUCUAUAACACACCAACAACAACUUCUUCAACAACAACACGACAACCUUUACAACAACAGCAGCACACGAACAACUGCAACUGCAUCAAACGGAAGCAAUUUCAAGACGAUACGUUUCUGUGCCACACACAAACACAAAGCGAAUCAGAGGCAGCAGCAGCAGCAAGAGCAACAGCAACAGCCACAGCAACAUUAUGCCAGUCCACACUUGCGACAGCAGCGACAUCAGCAACAGGAGCAACUGCAACUGCAACAGCAACUGCAGCAGCAACAGAUGAUGUACCAGCCAGCGAAUGUCGGCAGUCCUGGACCACAGAUGAGAACUCGGCCAGCGAUAGAGACACCCAGCACAGGAUGCGAGAUCCUUUGGCCGACGGUGCUGCAGGCUGCGAUGUUGCUGUUGUUCCUGUCGUGCAGCGACAGCAGGACCUGGCUGAUCCUGCUGCCUCUUUGGUCGCUUCUACAGGGACUUCGGAGCAGGAUCGCCGCGCCACGAGCACUUGCCUAUCACGCCUAUCUUCCAAAGUCAGUCAGGACUCUACGAAACAACAACGAAAGCUCUUUCAACACGGCGCCGCCACAAAGGACUGCGCUGCUGUCGGCCUCCUUACGGAUAUGCAAAAGUUUGCACGCUCUAUAUUUCCGCUGGUCAUCAUCUUCAAUCUGCUGCCUUUAUUCUAUGCAGAGUGUGACCAGACCUUCGUGUCGCGGAUCGGUGGACCCCAGAAUGGCAGCUUCUCGGCCCCGCUGCUGCACAACCAUCGCAAUCACUCGCGCCAAUGCCUCUACACCUUCCUAGCAGGACCCGGUCAGCGCGUCGAAGUAGUUUUUAAAUCGUUUAAUUUAAGAGGAAGUCCGCCAGACGGUUCGGCCGUCGGUGAGUUACCAAGUUGUGUUCAUGAGUACAUGGAUAUCUACUCGGAGGUGCAGUCGUCGGAGCCAGCGGAACUGAUCAACUCGCCAUUCGGGGGCCGCUACUGCGGCACCAUUCCGCCGCGUCGUCGCAUUUCCAUGUAUCGGGCAGUUGCGAUUUCAUUUUUUAGCAACAAGAACGUGACCACGGACCUGUUCGAGGGCACGUUUAGGUUUAUAAAUGCAUCGGAAUAUGAAAUUGGCAUACCCAUUGCGGGGUCGCCAUGUUCCUACACGAUAACGCCCAGCAUGAGCGUCAACAAAACUGGUGCGCUCAUAUCGCCAACCUAUCCAGGUGCCUAUCCGAAGGAUAUGUCAUGCACAUAUCAGUUUCUUGGUGAAUCGAAUCAGAGGGUUAGAUUAGAGUUUCGGGAUUUUGAUCUAUUUUUUGGUGGACCACACUGCCCAUUUGACUAUGUGAAAGUGUACGAUGGUCCAGAUAAUUCGUCAGCAUUAAUCGGUACAUAUUGCGGGCAGCAAAGAAACUUAGUUUUGUAUUCGAGCGAGUCGAGCCUUUUUGUUCAUUUUUAUACGUUAUCGCGCACCGCAAAUACCCAAAAUCGUGGCUUUAAAGGAAUUUAUGAAUUUAGCGAGAGUUUUGUUAAAUUAGAUUUUAUACGUGAAAAUGAUGGCAUUCACAUACGUGGCUCAGAAUGUGAUCAAAAGAUUUUAUCGAAGAAGGAAUCCACUGGCUUUGUGCUCUCACCCAACUAUCCCUAUCCCUAUAUACCAAAAACUGUGUGUAGAUAUUUCAUCUAUGGCAUGCAGGAUGCCCAGCAUCUGGAGCGUGUGCGUCUCGAGUUUAACGCUUUCAAUAUACCUAAGGUGGAGCACAAGGACAAGAGCGAGUCCAACUGCACGGACGGCUAUCUAAAGAUCUAUCUGAAGGGCCAGGAGACGGCCGAUGCCUACGACAAGUUCGACUACGAGUUGUGCGGCAAUGAGACGCAGCGGGUGAUCAGCGAGGGACCGCGGCUGGCCAUGGUCUUCAGUUCGGGUGAGCUGCAGGGUCGUGGCUUCAAGGGCAAGUACACCUUCGAGACGGAGUACAAGAUUCCGGGCACGGCGGCGCCGGACGGCACCUGCAGCUUCACCUACGUGAGCAGUUCCAAGAAGCGCGGCGAACUGAACAGCCCGAGAUACCCCUCCAAUUAUCCCUCGGACACGAAUUGCUCAUAUCUGUUUCUUGCCGAGGCCGAUGAGCAGGUGACCAUUGUGUUUGACCACUUCAAGAUCAAGGCGGACAACAAUGCAAACGCCACGGCGGGAGCUUAUGGUUCUGGCGCCUGCUUCGAGGACUGGCUGGAGAUGUAUGUCGUCUACCGGGACAACAACGACCGCCUGCUGGGCCGCUACUGCGGUCAGACAGCCCCCGGACCCGUCGAGAGCCCGCGGGGAGCGGUGGGGCUGCGGAUCACCCUGCACACGGACCAGGAGAGCGUGGCCAGCGGCUUCAAGGCCCGCUACUUCUUCGAGUCGGCCAAGUCGGAUGCCGGCGACUGCGGCGGCAACUUCAGCAACCAGGACUCGGGCCUCAUCACCUCGCCCAACUGGCCAGCCGGCUACAAGGCACCUGGCCGGGGCAUGGCCUCCAACGCCUGCAACUGGGUGAUGAAGGCACGCCCCGGCUACAAGCUGUCCAUUCACUUUGAGCAGUUCGGCCUGGAAGGAGACCCAGCCAAUCGCGGGUGUCCUGCCGCUGUGCUGCGGCUGUGGAUGAACGUGGACUCCGACCAGCCGCCGCUGGAGCUGUGUGGCGAAAAGCCGCCCGUGGAGCAGUGGCACUAUACCUCUACUGGCCAGACGGCGCGCAUCAGCUUCACCACCAGCGACAAGACAGUGGGUGCCCAGGGCUUCCGCAUUGUGUGGACCGAGAUACAGGACUCCGGUCCGGGUCCGCCGUCCGUGGGUCUGCACUGCGAGUCGACGUACCACUUCCAGUGCGGAGCCGGAUACUGCAUCUCGGAUAAGCUGCGAUGCGACGGGGUCAAGAACUGCGGACCCGGCGACGAUACUGACGAAUUGCACUGUACCACGGAAGCGGCCGAGGAGGACUACGACGUCCUAAUUAUAAUAACGCUUCUCGUCGUCUCGUCCCUAAUCUGUCUCCUAUGCAUACUCUGUCACUCCAGAAGAAGCCGUAGGAACCAUGUCCGCCAACUGGGCCUACAUCGGAAUGCACAUUACGACUCGCAGACCAGUGCAACGGCGGGUCUCAGCUCCAGUCGCAGGCAUCUGCAGAGUGGAGGCGCCAGCAUUGCGGGCAGUUUGCAUGGUAUCAACAGCGGCAACCUGAUGAUCCCGCCCGCCCCACUUCCGCCCACCAGCGUGCCGCCGCCGCCACACAUCUGCAUCGCCGGCGUGGACAUGGGAAUGGGGAUGGGGAUGGGACACGGGCUGAUGUCCAACGGGGAGGACGAUGAGGACGAUCUGGAGCUCGACGAGGACCAGCUGGACGCGGACAUUUUCAUCAACGAUGUGCACUUCGAUGAGGACAACAUCGAUCAUGUCAACCAAAUGGCGAACGUCUAACGAUGGUUCGGUGCAGUUUUAGGCACUUUUAUCGCAACCUUCAGUUUCGGUUUUAAAACGCAUUUAGAAUAAGGCUAUCUACAUAGGUAAUGGCGAACGAAGCAACUUUGCAGAGCAAGAACAGUAGAUUACACACACUCCCACAGUGCAAACUGACACGCAGACACAGGAUACAGUAAAACAGUGAAACACGAGUACAGUAAAACCGGGAGGCAAGCAGAAACAAACAGAAUUCAAAAGUUAACAAUACCUAAAAGACAAGAAAUUAUGCAAAAAUGCGAAUUGAUUAAGACGUAAAAUUAAUAACGAGCGAAACGGGAUGGUUAGUAGCAUUAGAGAUGGGCAGGCAAAGCGGAAUCUAAGCUAAAUAAGUACAGUAGGGCGAGCAUGUUGUAGUUGCGAUAACUCGAUUAGCCAGAAGCGUUUCACAUAAGGGAUGAUGGAGGAAUAAGAAACAAAUAACAGCUACAUUUAAUAACUAUAUUAUACACAUAGCGAAAUACGUACGGCGGAGCGGAGAGAGCGCACAAAGAGCACAGGCCGAUGUGCGGAUGUGGAGAAAGCAAGGAGAAGCCGAGCGGCGGAAACGGAAACGAGCCAAAAAUAGUGGAGCGGAAGUGCAUGUACGAAUCAUUUUCAUAGCCACAAGAGACCGCAGACAAGACGAAAAAUAAAAUAAAGUUGUUGAUUUUUAUAUUUGAUACGAGUAAUAUUUAGGUGAAGCAUAAAUUGAAUUAAUUAUACAACAGAAAAAACGAAGACGAAAUAACGUUAAUAAAACAAUACACACAAUUCGCAAAACAGAUAGAUAAACCAAUAAUGAAUAACGGCAGCAACAUACUAAAGGGCAUAAAACAAUAAUAAUUACUUAUCUUUACAUACGCGCAUGACUUUUUAUUUACACAUUUUGUACAAAAGAUCUUCGACCCUUGAGGCUACACAAAUCAAACUUACAACAACAAAAGGAGAAGACGAAAUAAUGCAUAAAUAAAAGAAUUAGUGACUAUCAAAACUGUAUCUUCCAGCAAAGAAUAAAAGCAAAAAGUUUAAUGACGCUAAAUCGAAACGUUUAUAUGAGAAUUAAAGGGAAUUUGAAUAAAUUAUAGUGGCCCCAAAGACGGAAAAUGAUUGCGAGAAAUGGAAAGUAAAUAAAUUCAAAGAUUUUUGUCUAUUUAAGCACAUUUUUAUAAACAUUUAAGGCGAACAAGAAUAUUUAUAAAAAUGUAUACGCGAAAGGGAAUGAUAAUAAUAAAGUAAAUUAUACAAAAAGCUAAACACAAAAAUCUAAAUACAGGAAACGCAAUAUUAAGUUACUUUUUUUGUCGGGUCGAAUUCUAUUUGACGAUUGACUUUUCAAUGAAAUAUAAUUUUAUGUUAUUUUAUCAACGUAACGUUAUACACAUGCAAACCUGUUUCGAAGCUAAAGGCGAUUUUGGUUGAAAUUGUUUCCUCCGUUUUGGAGCUAAAUGAUAAAUUCCCCGAAAUUUCCAAGCAUAAAUAAUAAUUAUUGGUUUCAUAGCGCACGUACGUUUUGCAAAGAAAAUUGAGGAAAAUAAAGAAUACGGCUUAAAUCAGCGAUGGAAACUUAAACCCGUUUGACGUAAAAACCAGUUAUAAUAAAGGUAUGUAGGUGUUAAAAAAAUGCUACAUUAAUUAAAAAAGAAUGAUAAAAAAAGCGAAAAUAAAUACAAUUACAUUGAUGAAGUAAACCGUUGUUAAAUUGUUGCAUAAAAAAGCAUAAUGAUCAAGAACUCCUAGGACUUAAUUCGUAUAAAUAAACUUUAGUUUAAGUGUACAAAUUUUGUUGUUGUAUUACAUUAAAACCGAACAGAAAACCCAGAGCAAAGAAUUCAAUUAGUUAAUAAAAACUCUAAAUUUGUGUUCUAGCAAUAAAAAUUAAACAUAAAUUUAAAGAAAAAUAGUACGAGAACGUAAAGCUAAUAAAAAGUUUGAAAAAAGAA